AUGCCGGGCAGGUUUGACGAAGCUCUGUCAUUGUUUGACAGCGUGAUUGAAAGAACGGCGGAGAGGCUGACCAAAGAACAUCGCAAAACCCUCGCCAUGAGGUUGGGCCGUGCAGCGGCGCUCAGCGAUGAGGGCGGGUUGACGAAUCCGAGGCGCGCAGUGGACGAGCUCCGCGAGAUCCUUGACAAGCAAGUCAACGUGUUGCAUCUUCCGGAAACACAUGCCAAUGUGAUUGCCACGGACCAUAACCUGGCCGGGAGCAACAAACAUGAUAGGGCAUCAAGCGAGUCAAACUACGGCUACAACGAGGCCUGA